GUACGGUGGUAGCAGGCAGGAGAGAGGAGAGGAGAACGCUUGUUGGGACUAUCGUUCGUAAACAAAACUUUUACCGCACAAUUGAUUUUGUUCUGUAGAUUGCGGGAGCUUGAAGUGUUUAAAAGUUACAAUAUCGUAGAAUUCAUUCAUUUUCUCAAUCAACUAAGAUAGUUUUGAGACGUUUUAAAGAUUUUAAGGCGCUGCCAGUAUUCUUGAUAUUUGGGGCAAUCAGCUGAUGGAAGAUCCUAACAAGAUCCCUACCUUAAUGUGGUCGCCCCCAAGACCUGCAGUGGAGGCACGGAGGAUCAGAAAUGCUGCUUCAAAUCAGGCUGCACGUGCACGAGAAACACCUGAAGCCUGUGCAGUUCGUAGGCAGCAAAACGCCAUUCGCAUGGAAGUCUUCCGAGGACAAGAGUCUGAAGAGAAGGCAGCUGAGAGGAAAGCCAGGAAUGCACAAGCCAUGCAGGCGGCACGUGCACGAGAAACUCCCGACCAGACAGCUGCUCGCCGUGCACAGAAUGCAGCUCGUAUGGUUGCUCUAAGAGCCAGGGAAACACCCGAGCAGCGGGCAGCGCGACGAUCUUUGAAUGCAGCUCGAAUGCAGGCAAGUGGCAGGACCGUGCAUUUUCAAAUCCCGGCUAAAAGUUCAACCACUGAAGCAUCUAGAGCCAAGGAAGCCCUGCAUGACACUGCAGAAAGUGUUGGAAUGAAAGUAUUGAUGAAUGAUGAAGUUAUGAGGCGUGCUGUUAUAGCAGCGCAUAGACAACCUCUAAAGAAAAGAAAGGACAGGGAAAUACUUAUCAUGGACCUAGACCGUCAGGAUGGACAGAGGCAACAUGUUGUGGAGAGAGCAGAAGUUACUUCCACUGGUCUAAGUCCCCAAGGCAAUGUAAUGGAGAAUAGAGAAGCAGCCAACAAAUUUUCUUUUGAAGUGGAAUAAUGUUGAAAAAUAUUAUCUAGAUUUUACAAUUUGAUUGUCUUAUUUCAUUUUAUGUGAGGAGGUUUUUGAAGUAUGGAUAAAUCGAUAGCCAAAGGUUUUAAUUCUUUCUUCGUACAGCAAAGUGUAAUCAGUUGAUUAAGUGCAGAACUUUUAAUUUUCACUCAGAUAUUUUGUGUAUAGUAUUCAAUCUGAAGACUGAAGUAGAGUGCUGUUCUGUUUAAGCACAGUCAUUUGCGUUAAGAUGUUAGCAGCUGUGCUUUUCCACAGCCAUUUCAUUAUGCCAUCUUUGAUUGAAAAUCAGGGGUCUGUAACCACUAUGACUAAGCUAUUAAUAAAGUUUGGCCAAGUUUCCUCUUUUUGUAA